AUGCGCUCCUCCACUAUUCUGCAAACCGGCCUGGUGGCCGCUCUUCCUUUCGCCGUCCAGGCCGCCUCCGGAUCCGGCAAGUCCACCAGAUACUGGGACUGCUGCAAACCAUCUUGCUCCUGGUCCGGCAAGGCUUCCGUCAACCGACCCGUCCUCGCUUGCGACGCAAACAACAACCCUCUGAGCGACGCCAACGUUAAGUCGGGAUGUGAUGGCGGUUCUGCAUACACAUGCGCCAACAACUCUCCCUGGGCAGUGAACGACCAGCUGGCCUACGGCUUUGCGGCCACGAAACUCAGCGGAGGAACCGAGUCAUCUUGGUGCUGCGCCUGUUACGCACUCACCUUCACUUCGGGCCCUGUUGCUGGCAAGACCUUGGUCGUCCAGUCUACUAGUACCGGUGGUGAUCUCGGCUCCAACCACUUCGAUCUCAACAUGCCCGGCGGCGGCGUCGGCCUGUUUGACGGAUGCACACGGCAGUUCGGCGGUCUCCCCGGUGCCCAGUACGGCGGCAUCAGCUCCCGCAGCCAGUGCGACUCCUUCCCGGCUGCUCUCAAGCCCGGCUGCCAGUGGCGCUUCGACUGGUUCCAGAAUGCCGACAACCCGGAGUUCACCUUCAAGCAGGUCCAGUGCCCGUCCGAGCUCACCUCCCGCACCGGCUGCAAGCGAAACGACGACGGAAACUUCCCCGUCUUCACUCCUCCCUCGGGUGGGGGCAGCAACCCGUCAACUCCGACAUCUCCCCCUUCUUCGGGCGGUGGUUCCGGAUGUACCGCGGAUAAGUACGCUCAGUGUGGCGGUUCGGGGUGGUCUGGAUGCACCAAUUGCCCGUCGGGAUCGACCUGCAAGGCCAUUAACGAUUACUAUCACCAGUGUGUCUGA